UCCGCUACUAAACGUAACGCGGCAAUAACAUUGUUUUUAAGCCAUUGAGAGAAAUAUGGCAGCGGCGAUGGAGGGAAUGCGGACAUGGCGCGGUCUGCGGAGUUGCUGGGGCGCACGGCCGUUGUGUUCAGCAGCGGUUCCCCUGUGUUCCCGGAGUUACGGUGUGUUGCCUCCUCCUCGCGAUGAAAAAGAGAAAGCUUUGCUGCAUAGAAUGCUCCGAGUAGACCACGCAGGCGAGUAUGGGGCCAACCGGAUAUAUGCUGGACAGAUGGCAGUGCUGGGGAGGACUCAGUCAGGGCCCCUCAUCCAGCAUAUGUGGGAUCAAGAGAAAAAGCAUCUGCAGAAAUUCGAUGAGAUUUUGGCUGAGAACAGAGUGCGACCCACAGCCUUGUUGCCCUUUUGGAACAUAACAGGGUUUCUACUUGGAGCCUCCACAGCCUUGCUGGGGAAAGAAGGAGCCAUGGCAUGCACUGUGGCAGUGGAGGAGAGCAUCUCUGAGCACUACAACAGUCAGAUCAGGGCACUUAUGGAGACUGAUCCAGAGAAAUAUAAAGAUUUAUUACAAUUGAUUACAGAGUGUCGUGAUGAGGAGAUGGAACACCAUGACACUGGACUAGAGCAAGAUGCUCAAUCGGUGCCUGGAUACUGGCUUUUAAAGAAUGUGAUUCAAGCUGGCUGCAAGGCUGCAAUAUAUAUAUCUGAGCGCAUCUAAAACCACUCAGUAUUUCUUAAAUUAAGAGUAAAUGGACGGAAAUGCUUGGAAAUGUGUAAAUAUGACAAGUAUGUGCUCUAGUUGUUUGAUGGCAUGUACAGGCAGUCCCCGAAUUACGAACGAGUUCCGUGCCCUCAGUCUGUCUUUAAGUCGGAUUUUGACGUAAGUUGGAACAGUUAGGCAUGGUGGUUAUCUUACUUCAGUUUACCGAAUGUUUGUCUUGCUAUAUCAUAUAUCGUUUACCUUUCUAUGCAUAAAAAAAUUAAAGAAACACUUCGGAUACACAAAAACAUAUUU